AUGGAUCUUGUAAGUGCUAGCGCGACACCACAGGCUCUAGGGCUCCUCCUACUCUUCUUCCUCGUCGCCCUGCACCUGGCGGCGUCGAGUUCGGGAGCAGAGAAGCUGCGCAGCAAGCUCCCAUCGCCUCCGUUCAAGCUCCCCGUGAUCGGGCACCUCCACCUCGUCGGGUCCCUCCCCCACGUCUCCCUCCGCGACCUCGCCAGGAAGCACGGCCCCGACGUGAUGCUCCUCCGCCUCGGCGCCGUCCCCACGCUCGUCGUGUCGUCCCCUCGCGCUGCCAAGGCCGUCCUGCGCACGCACGACCACCUCUUCGCGUCCCGGCCGCACUCCGCCGUGGGCGACAUCCUCUCCAACGGCUCCACCAACGUGGCCUUGGCCCCCUACGGCGACUACUGGCGGCGGACCAAGAAGCUCGUCACCACCCACCUCCUCGCCGCCAGGAAGGCCGUGCUGGGCAGGCUCCCCCGUGAGGCCGGCCGGAACCAGAUGUUCCGGGAGCUGUUGGAGAUCCACUGCAAGCUCUUAGGGGGGUUCAACCUGCCGGACUACUUUCCGAUCUUGGCGAGGCUGGACAUGGUGACCGCCAAGGCCGUGAAGCUGAAGAGAAGAUGGGACGACGUACUGGACGACCUCAUCGACAAGCACGCGAGCAAGAUGGCGAAUGACGAUGAGGAGGAGGACUUCAUCGACGUGUUGCUCUCCGUUCAACAGGAGUACAGCCUGACCAGAGAUAACAUCAAGGCAAUACUAGUGGACAUGUUUGAAGCCGGGACAGACACAACUUACAUAGCACUCGACUACGCCAUGGCUGAGCUGAUGCGGAAACCACAGGCAAUGGCCAAGCUGCAAGCCGAGGUGAGAGGGUGCGCCACCAAGGGAAAAGAGAUGGUGACCGAGGACGACCUAGGAAGCAUGAGCUACCUCAAGGCCGCGAUGAGGGAAGCGAUGCGGCUGCACCCGUCAGGGCCUCUCAUGAUACCCCACCUCUCCGUGGCGGACUGCGGUGUAGAGGGCCAUACCAUACCCUCCGGGACGCGUGUGAUCAUCAACGUGUGGGCGAUAGGCAGGGACGCCGCCAGCUGGAAGGACGCGGAGGAGUUCGUGCCCGAGCGGUUCAUGGAAGAAGCCAUGGAUGCCACUUGCGACUUGCAGGGAAACGACUUUCGUUUCUUGCCUUUUGGGUCUGGGCGAAGGAUGUGCCCGGGUAUAAGCUUCGCUGCCGUCACUUUCGAGAUCAUUCUGGCCAACCUUGUCUACCACUUCAACUGGGAGCUACCGGAGGGAUCCUCUAGCGUCGAUAUGACGGAGGAAUUCGGGUUUGAUGUGCACCGCAAGGAGAGGCUGCUUCUUGUGCCACGUGUGCCUCACCACCUCUAGAUUGGUCAUUCACGUCUUGCUGUGGCACCAAAUACUGCAAUCUUAGAUCAAUAAUGGCAGAUUUUAUUGAGCAAUGCUACACCUACGAAAGGUUAGGUAAGGAAUUUAUGUAAAUGAUGAUGUGCGUGCUGUGAUUGGGGAUGGGGGAGAGGAUGGGCCCCACCACGAUGAAAUUCAGGGGGGGUGGGGCAAGAGAAUUUGUUGGAAGGUUAUGUAGGUGUCCAAGGAUCACGUAGGUGUAGUAUUAUUGGAUUUUACUCCAUUGCUUUCAGUCUGAGUGGUCAUGUGCAUAUUUAU